CUGUGACUGAGUCGGUUGCUUAGCAACACGUUGUACACGUAGUGUUAUAAAGCAAAACAUUUUCAUAAUUUUAGUAGAGAUGGCUGACGAAUUAGAAAAAGCUCAUUUGUUUUACGAUGAUAUAAAUAAAAUCCGAAUCCUAGAUAACCUGGUUCUGAAAGAUACUGAAGAUUUAAAAACUAACUGUAAAGAUUAUGAAACAAAAAUUCAAGAUUUUAGUAAAAUCAUUAAUUCUCUCCUUGAAACAAUGAAAGUCUUGGGAGAAAAUGUGGAGAAGCAAAAAAUUGCCGCUAUCGGUUCAAUAAAUCUUCUAAAAUCUAUAACUAAGGAAAGGGAAAGCGAACAAGCUAAAUUACAGGCAGAUAUAAAUUAUAAAACAACAGUAAUGGAGCAGUUGGAUAAUGAAUAUGACUCCCUGCAAAUACUCGAAGCUACACAAACCGAGACAAUCGAAUAUCUUACUCAAUUGAGAUAAUAUUUUGAAUAAAUAAAUAAUUAUACAUACAUUCUAC